AUGGCAACCCGACUCCCAAGAUCCAAUUCGGGCGAACACAGAGCUCGAAAACGUCAGAAGACACCCAGCACCCUUUCCGCAGUUCAUACCGGUACGGCUACCGGUACCUCGUUGACGCCUGAUCAGGUUGCUGCUCUUUCACCCGCCAAGAUCGCCCAGCUUUUGGCCGAUCUUCAAAGCAAGGUUGAAAGGACAGAAAGCAGGCUGGAAAAGGUUCAAGAGGAGCGCAACCAAUACAAGGCGCAGUCGCAGAAGACUGCGAAACCGACCAAACGCAAGAAAGCUGCAGCCUCUUCCUUGCUGAGCCUCCCAGCGAAAAAUUUCGAAAGGCUCCCCGACUUGAGUUCUGAAGAGAAGAAAAAUGUUCUCAAUGAGAUCCACCAAACGCACUCCGACGAGAAAGAAAAGGGCAUCGCCAGAAGCAACAAAGGUCUGCAGGUGCUUCUUUGGGAGUUGGGUUCUAAUUAUUGCUUACAAAAACACCAGUUUCUGGGUGUUCGAGCUAUUGCUCGGGUUCCCGAUGACUUUCCCGGUUGCAGUUUUCCGAACACGGAUCACACGGUGUCUUUCGAAAAGAUCAGAGAAACUCUCAGUUCGGCAAGACUGCGGCAAAACAAUGAACGUGGCUUGAUCAUGGCUGAUACAAUGGGCGUGGGGAAAACUGUGCAGGCUGUUGCAGCAUGCAUUCUGCGGAAUGCAGUUGCAGUUGAAAAGAAGAAACCUAAGCGACCCACACUGAUCAUCGCUCCGAGCAAAGCUGUGCUUUCGCAAUGGCAUGAGACCCUGAUCAAGGCUGGAGUGGACAAAAUGAACAUUUACAGCUUGGUAACAAAGCGGUCUAAACCCUUGGGUGGAGAUCUAUUCGUUCUGUGCACGAUAUACGAUUUGCAAACAGAAGUACGAAACUGGUUUGGUGGACACACAUCCGCAUUGUUCUCUGAAGCUUCUCCGAAACACUUGAAAGUCUUGAGAAACCAGUACCGAGCAAACAAAGGUCAAGAGAGAAACAAGUACAACAAGUUGGGAGACUGCAAAACCCUUUCAGUCAACGAGUGCAUUCGGCAGUGCCUAAAGAAACGGGCAAAUAGCUGGGCCUACCGAACGGUCAUCGUAGACGAAGCGCAUUUCCUCAGGACACCAGCAACCUAUUGGGGAAUAGGGGCCGGAUUGGUUGGAAUUCACACGGAACGGAUGAUCUUGUUGUCCGGUACUCCUUACAACAAUAGGUUGCAAGAUAUUGCAACACUCGUUAUGUUUAUGAAUCCCAGUGACCCAUCUGCACGUGUAGAAUGGUGGCAGAAAGCCACUAAAUGCGGGGCUGCUCAACAAGUGAUACGACAAAUAGAGGAUUGGAGCAAAGAAAACCUCUUGCGUCGUGGCAAAGAUGUGAUUGCAAGUCAACUCCACAAGAAGAGUAUCGUACACAGGCCGAUUGUACCCGCUGAGUCCGAAAUGUCUUCAUACUGUGUCUAUGAAUGCAAGAUUAUGAGUGCCCUCAAACAGAUGGGCAAAGCUUUUAAGAACGGCGACAGGUCACCCAAGGAGAAAAAGAAAUGCCUGCUAAGGUUGAUGGCGGCUACUCAGCACGCUAUGCUUGCGUUGAUUCAUCCCGUCCUUCCAAAUGGCGGUCGGGGUCUCAGCAUUUUGGUCUCUCCAUCUCGCGGUCGCCUUGAGUCGGCAAAGAAGCAACAAGAGAAACCGAACAUAUGUGCGUGUUGCAAAAGGCGAAAGGGCCGAAAAAAGGCUCGCAAGGACGUCGAGGACCCAGAUGAAAUCGGAGUUGACUAUCUUAUGGGUGUCGAAGGAUGGGACGCCGGAACGGAAGACGAGUUGGAGGAACAGAGUGUGGAAGAUGAGAAGCUCACAGAUGAAACAGAUUACGAAGAACCUAACACUGAUGAUGGGGAGGUAGUCGAGAGUGAAGAAGGACAAAAACAGAAAAACGAUGAGUGGGUUCCAGUGGAUCAGGCAGAAAGCCUCGAUAUCCACGAUCAUGAUCAUGACCUUGACCUUGAUGAAUGGGAAGAUGAGAAAGAGUGCGACAAAUCGGACGAGGAAUACUUGGAUGCGGAUGGGACCGAAACGGACGGGGAUGAACACGAUUUAGACGACCGCUUCCACUCUGACGAUGAUGAAAGCGAAGGAGACGAGGAAAGCAUAUCGGAUGACGAUGAAGAUGACUCAUUUGAUGGUAGCGCAGAAGCUACCUGCAAAGGGAGCGGUGAGAUUAUGCCGAUUCCAACAGAACUCUGUGCGAUUGGACAGAUGGGAAUCCGACAUUUUGCUUGCGAGUCUUGUUUGGAGAGUCUAGAACAGUGCCCAAAAUGUGCUGAACUUAUCAGCACGCUUGAGGAGUCAAGAUCAGACAACAAAAAAGACGAGCUGGGAGGUUCCGGAGUUUCGGCGGCAAACCAAUUCGAUGCAAGCAAGGACAUGGAUGAGCACGAAGCGCCACGGGGUCGGAUCUAUUGCCCUGAAAUCUUCGGUGGGUUUCGUCCCUCGGCAAAGUUGCAAGCCAUUUGUUCUGAUUUUGAAGCGGUGCCCAAGGAGGAUAAGGUGUUGAUAGUGUCAUUCUUUAAGGGGAGCCUGGAUCUGCUUGAGCGAAUGUUCUCAGAGAUCUACCCAAAAGUGGAAGUGGCACGAUUUGACGGCGAUAUCUCUGACGAAGAGCGAGCAAACGUACUCCAAACAUUCAAGUACAAGGCAUCAUGUCGGAUUCUCCUUAUGACGGUGCAGACUGGAGGUGUUGGGCUCAAUCUAGUAGAAGCCAACCAUGUGUGGUUUGUCAAUCGAUGGUGGAACCCAAUGGUGCUGGAACAGUGUGAAGAUCGUGUUUAUCGGAUUGGUCAAAAGAAGGACGUUACUAUUCGAUAUUAUGAUGCGCGGGAAACAAUUGAUGUAGUCAUGGCUGAAAUCAAUGAAACGAAAGCCACAAACGCCGCUAUCGUAUUGGCUGAUGGUCCUGCGUUAUCCAAGAAUCCAUCCUUCAACGAAACCUCUGGGCUCAUGUUCCAAUCUAUUCGUGCUUUGCAAGGUGCUCGAGAAGCGAAACAAUCUGCUACGCCUUCUCCGCCCACUCAACAAUCACCACCAGGUCCUGCCACAGAGGACUCUUCGCUGAUACCAGUUUCUGAUCCAGUGCUCGAUGCAGUUGUUGAGACGGUGCAUGAGAAGGUUGUUUCGUUGCCAGAUACAGGAGAUUCAGGGUCUCCCGACCCGAGUGACAAUAGCAUCUUGUUGGUGCACCAAGCGAGCAACGGGCUUGACUCCAGGGAAGCAAACAAAGAGAUUGAGGCACCUCUUUUGCCCCAAGCUCAAAAGGGAACCCUGCAGGAUGGCAAAACUGGAAGCACGCCCAUUGAUCUUUGCAGUUCGGACUUGGAUGCUGCUGAUGACAUCUAG